UGCAUAUUCGUGAUCCCCUCGGAGAAUAAUGUCUCGCAGCGCUCUUACCCGAGUGGAGAUGCAGCAAGCUCUCGCAAGCCGUGCCACCGCCACCACGAAUCCUAUGGUCCAUGCGAUAUACCCAGGCACGGCGAUGAUGCAAGUCCCUGUGGAUCCAUACUACGUGGAAGAAGCCCGCAGGGUGAAGGAAAACCAACUCCCCAUUCAUGGGAACCAAACAACGUACAACUUUAACACACUGCUGUACGACAACGUGAUGAACUCCGACUACUUUCGAAAGCUCUAUGAGCUGGCGACGUACCACGAAGUAGUCGACGAAAUCUACUACCGUGUGGAUCAUGCAGAACCGUGGGCCGCGGGCACGUCGCGGAUUCCAUCGACUUGCUUUUGCUUGCUUAUGAAGUUCUGUACGAUGCGUCUAACCGUGAACCAAAUGCAAGGACUCCUCAAGCACGUGGACUCGCCGUUCAUUCGAUGCGUGGGCUUUUUGUAUCUCCGAUACACAUGCGACCCCGAGUUGCUUUGGGAAUGGUACGAACCCUUCCUCGACGACGAAGAAGAGUUCAACGCAUCGUCCAACGAUGCCAUCCUCACCACCAUGGGGGCUUGGAUUCGGUCCUUGCUGGAAGACCUCAACUACUUCAACACGAUCUUGCCGCGCAUUCCCAAGAAGAUUCAGGACGGGAUCAAAGUCAAGCUGUUGUUACACGGCCAAAAGAAGCAACGCCAAGCAGCCAACCUUGCGAUUGUCGAGUAUUUGGUCAAAGGCACCAAGGUCAAAGCCAUGUACACGGACGAAGACCACCCUCCUGCGAUGUACGACGCCGUGAUUGACGAAGUGGACGAUGUCACACACGAGUACUGGGUGACGUUUCCAGAGUACGGCAACACUGAAAAAGUGUCAUUGGGGGACAUUGCAUUUGAAAAGCCGGCGCCGCCUCCGUCAAAGUCCAAGCGAUCUCGGUCCAUCUCGCGGUCGAGGGACCGGCACCACCACCGCAGUAGCCGACGCCGCGAUCGGUCGACGUCUCGGCCUCGCGACCGCCAUCGCAGCAGCCGCCGGUCGCCGUCGGAGGAGCGCUCGCGGCACCGCCAUCAUCGCCAUGCCCGCCGUGGGUCGUCGCGUUCCCGCAGUCGAAGCCGCGAGCGCAAGUACGUUGUUGUCAUGACAAGGAUGAGACGGGACGAUGAUCAUGUAGGGAUGCGUCGGGAGCGUUGACAGACGACUUGAUGGCCCAAGUACGGGAACAAGAGCGGCGCAAGGCGGAAGCCGUGGGCAAGGACUACGCCGCGCGGCCGGCCAGCUACAAGGGGUCGCUGUCGUUGAAGCAAGAUCGGUUCACGACUCGGAAGCGGUCGCGCAGUCCGGCCAAGCGCGACGUCGAGUUUGUCGAGUUGGAGAAACCAAAGGAAGGCACGUUGGCGACGACUUCGUCGCGACCGGUGCAGAUGUCGCGGGAGGCAGAGGAACGCCGACGCAAACUCGUGGAAACGUACGGCGAUGCCGCGUCCAAGAGUAAGCCGGCGAUGUCAUCGUCGUCGUUCGCUUAGUAGACCAACGUUCGAUGGUAACGCACGAGAUAAGAGACGACUGUUCAUGUUGACUAGUAUGCGAUUAUUCAACCGUGACGAAUUCGUCUUCGGCCAAUUCACCGGACGCCUUGAUCGUCACCGUCUGGGACGGCGUGCCCGAGCCCGCGCCGACCGAUUCCACGGCCUUGACCACGUCCAACCCGCUGAUCACGCGACCAAAUACAACGUGACGACCAUCCAACCACGACGUCUUGACGGUGCAGAUGAAGAAUUGCGAACCGUUCGUGUUCGGGCCGGCGUUGGCCAUGGACAACGUGCCUGGGCCUUCGUGCUUGAGCUUGAAGUUUUCAUCUUCAAACUUUUCGCCGUAGAUGGAUUCGCCGCCGGUGCCGGUGCCGUGGGUAAAGUCACCGCCUUGGAUCAUGAAGUCCGGGAUGAUGCGAUGGAACGUGCUGUCCUUGUACCACAACGCCUUGCCGGUCUUGCCGAGGCCCUUCUCGCCCGUGCACAACGCUCGGAAGUUUUCCACCGUCUUCGGGACAGACUUCCCGUACAAGCCCAUGACGAUACGUCCGGCAUUGUGGCCUCCGAUGGAGAUGUCAAAAUACACUUGGUGAGUGAUCUUUGGGCCCGCCGCGGCCACCACGGACACGAACGCCAGGAGCGUCACGAACAAUGCUUUGAAUGACAUCUUGGCUGUCAAAAUGCAAAUGAAGAUCCUUCCACCACACCACACGUGGCUUUC